CCGCCAUUUUCGGGAGAAGAUGAGGACGAGCUCUUCCAGUCAAUUCUGGAAAUCACCCCAUCGUAUCCACGCAAUCUGUCUAAGGAGGCUUUGAGCAUAUGCAAAGGGUUGCUCAAUAAGGACCCGGCUUCUCGACUCGGUUGCAGUCCUGCUGGCAGCCUGGAGAUCCGCGACCACGUCUUCUUCCGGAGGAUAAAUUGGGAACUGAUCGAAUCGAAAGCAGUGCAACCACCAUUCCGACCGCCCGUUGUUGACAAACGUGACGUCAGCAACUUUGAUCCCGUCUUCACCGACAUGUCCACCGAGUUCACGCCCACUGACAAGCUCUUCAUCAUGAACCUGACGCAGACUGAGUUUGCCGGGUUCUCCUUUGUCAAUCCGGAAUUUGUCGUGGAGGUUUGA